AUAGACAUUGGCUAUAUAUUACGGACAAUUGGAGGCGGGGGUUGUAGUUCAAACCAAGAGUCGGUACUAGGCGAUAAGAAACUCCUUUCUGUGCUGCAGCGUCAGAAAUUAUUUGUGUAUUUUAAAUAUGGCUGGUGGUAAGGCAGGUAAAGACUCCGGGAAGACCAAGACGAAAGCCAUUUCGCGCUCGCAGAGAGCAGGGCUGCAGUUCCCGGUGGGUCGUAUCCACAGACACCUUAAGUCCAGAACCACCAGCCACGGCAGAGUGGGAGCCACUGCAGCGGUGUACAGCGCGGCUAUUUUGGAGUACCUCACGGCUGAGGUACUGGAGUUGGCAGGAAAUGCAUCAAAGGAUCUUAAGGUGAAGCGUAUUACCCCACGCCACUUGCAGCUGGCCAUUAGAGGAGAUGAAGAGCUGGAUUCACUUAUCAAAGCGACUAUUGCUGGUGGAGGUGUGAUCCCUCACAUCCACAAGUCUCUGAUUGGAAAGAAGGGCCAGCAGAAGACUGUAUAACCUGAAGUGCUCUGAAGUCUGCAUCAAGAAGUGUUUAAAUGUCUUUAGAUUAGAACACCUUUUAGGAUUGAUUUGUAUUGAGCUUGCAUCUACUCACCUGGGGUAUUUUUUUAAAAGUGGCUUCAGAGAAGCUCAUUUUGUGUUAUUUUAUUUUAUUUUUUUUUUCCUGGUGCUGCAGUUUUUGUGUUGAAACUUGCUUUUGUGGCGUUCUAUGUUUAAAAGUGGUGUUUUAAUAAAGCUCUUAUCGGGCGUUUGCAGUUUGUUCUUUCAGUUCAUACGUUUUCAUGGGCCUUGUUUGCUGUUUCAUUUCUACGCUGUAAGUAUUCAGUUGAUUACUCCAGUGUGGCGUACAUGUGUUUGGCUUUAAUGGUUGGAAUGAAUCCCACCUUGGGUCCACAAAAACCUAAAUGACAACCACAGCUUAGGAGUCAUGGCAUGCUUAGAACUAACUUAAGCAUGUUAACCAUCAGUUUCAGCCUCAUGUAGUUGCAUGGUUUGCAAAGCAUGUUUUAUAUCAGUUUACCAGUGGACUGAAAUGAACUGGGGGGGAACCGUGUAGUAACUUUUGGAUUCCUGAAUAAAGACUGGACUGGCACGGUCAGAACAUUUUC